ACCUGACUGCCCUGCGGAGUCGCAUCACUGCACUCGAGGAGGAAAGAGAAGAAAACCUCUGGAAGGUGGAGCAAUACGAGGAGGUUAAAGCAAAAAACGAAAUGCUAGAGGCAAAGUUGGUGGUGUAUGAGGAGCAACAGAGGACACUACAGGCAGACUUGGAGCAGUUCACCAAGAGGGCUGCCUCUCAGGCAAGUGAAUCAGGCAGCGCUGACGACACUCAGAGCCAGGUGCUGGAGUGGCAGGAGAUGGUAGCUGAGGUGGUCAGUGCCAGAGACCGGGCCAGGGAGGAGAAGGCUGCCUUGUCCCUCCGUAUCAGCCACAUGGAGGAGGAAAGAGAGGAACUGAUUGAGGAUGACUGGUUCUUUCCUGGCUGCUCCGAUCCAGCACUGGUCACUCGGCAGCAGGAGUUGGAGGAGGAGUUGGCUCAAGCUCGGGGGCUCGACCAGCACAGGGCCAAGAAGCUGGCGCUUCCAUCCCAGCGAAGUCUGCAGGAGGACUUUGAGCUCGAUGGGCAGGCCCCGUUUCAGGAUCCUCGAAGUAUCUCAGAGAGCACCACUCCAAUGGAAGGGGAGAACAUGGGAGGUUGGUGGCCCGAGUACAGUACUCCUGACACAGGUGGCAAGAUGCUUUCCAUCUGUGAUGGCCUGCGGUCUGUUGUGGAGGAGCUGGAGCUGGAAAGAAACCAACUACAGGAGCAGAUACUGAGCCUGGAGGAGCGCUGCCAGGACCUGGAGGAUCGACUGCAGCUGCAGGCCCGUAUAGAGGCAUUACAGAACGAGUCAGACAAACUGCAGAGCCAACUUGCAAGUGUCAGAAGUCAACAAAGCAGAGAGGCAGAGAAGCAUCAGCUGCUGGUUAACAGUCUCAAUGAGCAGCUCAAAGGGCUGACUGACACACAGGAGUGCCUGCAAAGUUCCCUGAUUGAGAAGGAGAAUACUUUGGCCAAGACAUCUGAGAAACUUGAGCUCAUCAGCAGCCUUCGACAAUCACUGAGUGAAAAAGACAUUCAGUGCAAAGAGCUGUCUGACAAGCUCCUUCAGACGGAGCACACUUUUGAGAACAUUUCCAUGAAAUACGCUACAUCAGAGAAACAAUGCUCUGAGUUGAAAGCAGAAGUUAUGGAUCUCACACAAAAGCUGAGUGUGCUGAAAGAGAAGACGCAAAAACAAGAUGUCACCAUUGAAACAUUACAAACUGACCUUGAUCAGACAAACGAGGAGCUGGACAAACUGAACACCUCGCAUUUGGAGGAACGAGCCCAGCUCAUUUAUGACCUCCAAAGCUGCGAGCGGGAAAUCGAUAACCUUAAAGAUGCUCUGCUGGAAAAGGAUAAAGAGAUAUCAACUCUUGUUGGGAACAUGGCUGAGUAUGCAGAGCAGGUCACAGCACUGAAACAAGAGAUCAAACUCAAAGAGGAGAGCCUGGUACAAGUAGAAAAUGCACUGAGUAAGGCAGAGAGGGAGGCUAAUAUAAUGAAAGAAUCACAGAAUUCAGACCAGCAGGCCCUUAAUAAUAAGAUCACAGAGCUGGUGGAGAAACUUAAGGAAGCUGAGAUGGAGAUGGUCAAGGCCGGAGAUGAACGAGAGUCUACAGGAGUUGAGGUGAAACACUUAAUCAAGCAGGCUGAAAAGGAUAAGACGACUAUUCAGGACCUUCGAGGAGAAAUCCAGAAGCAGAAUGUGAGCCAUCAUAAUCGUCUUUCUGAAUGUGAAACGCACAUCGGUUCACUAAAGGAACAGCUGGCAACAUCUGCACAGAAACUACAGGAGUCAGAAGGACUUGUUUUGCAGCUUAAGGAUAGAAAUGCAAGUAAUGAGAAACUACAGCAAGAGCUUAAUGACAAAGAGCAGACGUAUGAAAAGGAGCUCAAGUCUUUCAAGGAAGAACAGAAUAAGCUUUUGGCACAGGUGGAGAAGUAUAACAAAGACUUUCAGACCUUAUCAAAACAAUUAGACGAGCAAGUCCUGAGUGAAGAGAAUGUCAAGCAAGUAAUGCAAGAGAAAAUGGAAAAGAUGGCAUCACUCGAAAGCCAGCUAAAGGACGAGAGGCAGAAAUUCAACACUGAAAAUGAGAAACUGUGCAAUGAACUUCAAAGCAAAUCUGAAAAUAUCUCCAAGCUUGAAAAUCUCUUAAAAAGCACGACGACUGAAAAAGAGCAGCUCCAAGAAAACCUGAAUGAGGAGCUUGAACUCGAACGUAGGAAUUUAAAAGAGCUAAAUGAAAAGGUUACAUCUGCUCUUGAAUUCAACAGCAGUCUGGAGAAUCAAGUGCAAGUCCUUACAAAAGAGAGAGACGGGCUUGAAUUGGAAGUAACUGAACAUGUCAAAAAUAUUUCACAGGCUGCAGCCGAGAUGGAUUCCUUGCAUGUCAAAAUAUCUGAAUUGGAAAUGCAACACUCACAAAGUAACACAAUUAUUCAAGGGCUACAAAAAGAUAAAGAGGAGCUAACUACUCGAACUCUUGAGCUAAAUAGAGUUCUUGAGCAAAGCACACAUUCAACCUCGGAGAUCAUGUUGGCAAAAACAAAUGAAUGUAGUUCGCUCCAGCAGCUACUCAGGGAAAGAGAGGAGACGGUGACCCAGCAGCAGGAAGAGGUGCAAAGCUUGACGUCUAAGAUAGACAAAAUGCAGCACGACCUCACAGAAAAACAGCAGACUGUCACUGAACUUCAAGCACGAAUAGAGGCCCAACAAAAUGAGCAAGCACAGCUAAUGGAAACUCUGUCUCUGCUUCAGGAACAACAAAGUAGUCUGAAGUCUGGGUUAUUGGAGAAGGACGCAAUGUGUAAACAGAAGCAGGAGGAGUUCCAGAGUUUGCAGAAGGAAACUGAAAACCAGAAAAAUAUCGCGUCCAGGCUACAAGCUGAGGCGGAAUCGCUCAUUGAGGAACGCUCACAACUCCGAGAGCAACUGGGAGAGAGAGACGAACUGUUGAAAAAGUCAUCUCAGGAAUGUCAGAAGCACAAAGAUGAACUGAAUAACAAAAACACAACUAUCAGGUCUCUAAGCGACCGAAUCAGUGCCAUGGAGGAAAAUGCUGGAAAGCUUGAGUGUGAAGCUGAGCAGAGCAAAACAGAAUUGGCUAGUUUAAAAAGCCACAGCCAAGCUUUGUCCGAGGAGAACCGCCAGCUUCGUGCUGCAUGUGAAUCCAAAGAAAAGGAGCUUGCACAACGAAGGCAGCUUCUAUCUGACCUUGAUGGGCAGCUUAAAGCGACCCUUGACCAGAACUCCAGCUUUAGCAUGAAGAUUAGCAGUCUAACAGAAAAUAAUCAAAGACUACAGGAAGAGUUGGCACAGAACAUGAAAUCAGCUUCCGAACUUACUGCUGAGAGAAUUGUUCUCCAAGAAAAAACCUCGGACCUUGAAAUUCAGAUCUCAGAUAGUCAAAAAACAGUUGCUAGUCUGUUGAAGGAGAAAGAGGAGCUCGCUGCAGCAACAGAUGAAUUAAAAAAGGUCCUCAAGGAAAGCGAACAGGCAAUCUCUGUAGGUCUACUCGAGAAAACAAACGAAUGUGCUAAUCUGUUGAAAAAUCUGAGGGAGAAAGAGCAACAGCUUCAGAGUUUACAAGAGCAGAUCGAUAGUUUAAAAAUGCAGGUCGAUCAGCUGAGCAUGUCCUUGGUUGAAAAAGACCGAACUGUGUCAGAGCAGACUUCACAGAUAAUGGCCCAGCAGGACCAGCUGCUGCAGCUUCAGGAUACUGUGUCUAUGCUUCAGGAGCAGGGAUCAGUUUUAAAGUCAGGACUAAUGGAAAAAGAUGUCAUGCUGCAGCAGAAAGUUGAGGAAUGUAGUGUAUCUCUGAAUGAAGUCACGCUACAGAAAGAGCUCGCGUCACAGAUGCAGGUUGAGGUAGAGAUGCUCAGGAAAGAAUGCGUGGAGGCCAAACAGCAACUACAGCAGAAAGAACAAACACUGAAAGAAGCAACACACGAAUUUCAGAACCACAAAGAUGAGCUGAAUAAACGAAAUGAAUCUGUCAUCUCGCUCAGUGCUCAGCUCGGGGCCAUGAAUGAGAGCGCUUCAGAGAUGGAGGUGGAAAUUACUAACCUGAAGGCAUCUGUGCAGAAACUCACUGCAGAAAAUUGUCAGCUGAUCCAGGACGAGGGCCAGAGGAAAGCAGAGGUAACUGAUUUUCACGACAACAUUCAAGCCCUCAGUGAACAGAAUGUUCGAUUGAAAUCUGAACUUCAGAAAGCAGUGGCAGAGCUGGCCAAAGCAAACCAAGAAGCUGCAAAUCUCAACUUGGAAAUCCAAGGAAUAAACGACGCCCUGAAACAGCAGGAGAAUUCGAUCCAGCAGCUCAACAGUGAGAUUGCUGAGCGGGGGGAGCUGCUGAAAGAGAAAGAAGGCACAAUUUUGGAGCUUGAAGGUUCUGUGUGUACACUCAGAGGCCAAGUUGACAGUCUGACAUCAGAGUCUUCCAUACUAAAGAAUACUUUGGAGAAAAAGGAGGAGUCGAGUCUUGAAUAUCAAAGUACUUCUUCCGCUGCCUUUGAUAGUCUGACUUCACAUCUACAAGCCAAAGAGGCAGAAUGUGAGAGCUUGAAAGAAAAGAUAUCACACCUCGAGGAAUCUGUCUCAAAGCUCAACAGCAACCUGGAAGUACAGACAUCUGAAGUGACAAACCUCAAAAGGGCCUUGGAAGAAAAAGAAGCAGCUCUUUUGGAACAAUCGAAAGCUCUCCAGGACUUCCAGAAAAGAGGAGACGAAGCAUUGCUGUUCAAAACUCAGUUCAUGGAAAGUACAGAGUUGGCAUCACAGCUGCAAAGUCAAAUGCAGUUACUGUCCACCGAGUCUGAAAAAUGUAGAAAGACAGCAGAAGAAACCCAAAGUGCCUUCAAUAACCUGCAGGAGAAAUAUGCUGCCACCUUAGAAGAGUUACAAGACUCGAGGAAGCAACUCUCUCAAAGGACAGACGAGGUGUCUGAGCUCCGGAUGUCAUUGCAUGAUUCUAAUAACGAAUAUCAGACUGCAAAGACCACCAUAGAGACACUGAAAAGUAACUCGCAUGUGAUCCAGGAGAAACUGGGGAAAGCUGAGGAUUUGAACUCCAGUCUUUCAAAGGAAAAAGAUGACGCAUUUGCUUCGCAUCAAGCAAGCGUGUCGUUGUUGACCGUCGAAAUAGAAAGACUCAAAUCACAGCAUCUUCAGGUCGUGGCACAGAUGAAUGCACUGACAGAAAACCUCGAGCAGAGAGAAAUGGCUCUCCACGCAAUCAAUAGUCAGUACAGCGCCCAGGCCAAACAUGCAUCUCAGCUGGUUUCAGAAAUGCAGAAGUUGGAAGAGCAGAAUAAGAGACUGAAUGAGGAGAUAGGAUUGUCAAAGGAAGAGAAUCAGAAACUUCACAUUGCUCUCAGUAAUGAAAACACACAUUUGAAAGAGGAAUUUAGGAAACUUUUUGCAGAGAAAGAAGAGCUAGAAAGAAGACGUCAACAAACGCUGGCGGAGCUGCAGGUUCAAAUGGAGCAGAAAUCCAGCAGCGUGAAUGAACUCGUGGAGAGAAUGACGUCCGAGAAGCAGAGCCUUCAAGCAAAGGUUAGUGCCAAAGAUGAAGACAUUUCUCAGUUGAACGAAAACAUUCAAAAAAUAGAACAAAUUCUGCAGGAUUCAGAGAAAGAGUGGCUUUUAGUUCUGGAUAGAGAAAAGCAGGAAAAGAACCUUCUUGCAGAACAAUUGAAAAGUGUUGAAAAUGAGAUGAAAUCUAAAGAUGUUAAAGUAAAUGCUUUGAAACAGGACAUGGACAGCUUGCAGGAGAAACUAGCAGAGGCUUCCUCUGCCAUUAGGGAGGGCUCUAAUCAACUAAGCACGAAAGAGCUGGAGGCAUCCGCAUCCAGAAUUCAGCUUGAGAAUGUGUUAGCAUCUAUCCAGGAAAAGGAGAACGAGAACCAUAUUUUGCAGCAGGCUCUCAAAGCUGUGGAAGACGAGUUACAAAGACUGGUAGUGAGAAAAACGGACAAAGUUUCCUCUCUAUUGAAAUCUUCUGCUUUGAAUGAAGAAAAAGCCUCUUUGGAGGACAUGAUAAGAUGGUUACAAGAAAGUCAUCAAAGUGAGGUAGAUGCUUUGGAAACCGAGUUGGCUAAAACUGUUGCAGAAUUGGAAAAAACACAGACUGUACUUAAUCAGAGAGAGCAGAAUAGUUGCGAGAAAGGUCAACAAAUAGCUCUUUUGCAAGAGGCUGCGGAGCAUUUACAGACUCAGCUUAAUGCCGAGUUAGUAAGAGUGAAAGAAGCUACUGUUAAACACUCUUCUUUAUAUGAUGAAUUGCAAACAAAAGAUGAGCAAAUCAGCAGCAUGAGCAUUCAGAUCAGUCAACAGAAGGAAUUGCUUGCUGGCCUUACUCAGCAGAUAAAGGAAAAAGAUGCAUCCAUUGCCCAGGUCAUGGAGUCCGCCUCAAAUGAGAGAAUGAAACUUGGUGAGGAAAAUGGCUCGCUCUCGGCACAAUUAAAGAGCAUGGAGAGAGCACAUAAAGAGAUUUUGCAACAGUUAGAAGAACAUAUUUCGCACAGUUCAAGUGAAACUGAGAAAAAUAAUUUAGAGAAGCUCAUGCUAGUUAAGGAAAAGGAUGAGCUACAAAGUGAACUCACAAAAGUAUCGAAAGAAAAAGAUGCAGUGAAGAAGAAGCUGCAAGCUGCGCUUAUUGUGAGAAAAGAUCUGUUAAGGAGGAUUGAAGAAUAUGAAAACCAAAAAGAAGAGAGCGUAAGCAGUAAAACUGAGGUUUCACUGUUGCACGAACAACUGCAAGAAGCCAAAAGUCAAGCUCAAGCUACAGCAGAAUUGCAUAAAGAAAAUAUUUCCCAACUUGAAAAGAAAAUUCUCGAGAAAGAGGGAGAAUUUCUUAAGUAUAACACCGAAAGCAAAACGCUUUUGGAACAGCUAGAGUCAGAAAAACAGAGUUUGCAAACCAUCUUAAAUGAUAAAGAAGCUCAUUUGUCAAAAACAUUACAAAUGCUCAGUGAGAAAGACUCACUAGUCGAGCAGCUGCAGUCCAGUGCUGCCGAGAAGGAAGAGAUAUUUGAGCAGAACAGCAAGGGCUUGAUGCAGAAAUUAGAAGAGCUUCAAAAUGAAAUCAAGACGUGCAAAGAUGAGUUAAAGGACAAGUCUUCCUCUGCUGCUAGUGCUGUUGACUUAGAAAAUGAGCUUGCACAGGUAAAGUCAGAAAAGGUGACCUUACAGAAGAAAGCCCAGGCCGCCUUGCUGGCACGCAAAGAAUCAAUAAAGAAAGCUCAAGAAAAUGAAAAGAAAUUAUCUCAAGAGCUCGCUGAACUAAAAGAUGACUACAAGGCGCUCUUGGAGCAACACUGCCAGCAGACGAACGAGCUAAACGCAGUGCAGUUAAGCUUGGAUGAGAACACCAGAGAAAUGGAGGAACUCAACAAAACCUCCUUUUGUUAUCUGGAUGAAUUGCAAACUUUGAGACAGCUCGUCGAGGAGAGAGACAAAACUCUUCAAGAUUUAAAGAUGUCUUUGGCUGAGAAAGAGAGCCAAUGCCAUUCUCUCUCAAGCCUGCAAACAGAACUUGAAGCUACUAAAUCCGGAUUAGAGGCUAUUUCUCUUGAGAUGGCCAAUAAAGAAGAGUCUCUCGUAGCCAUGGAGCAACGAGCAGAUUCUUUGAAAUCAAGACUGCACAUCGUAGAGAACGAAUUAAGAGAGAAAAUUGAAGAGGUUGACAAAUAUCGGGAUGCAGCCAGAGUUGCUGAGGUUAAGACCCAACAGGAGGAUCAGUCUUUAUUUGAUAAAAACAAGGCUUUAGAGACUCAACUGUGCGUCCUAAAAUCUUCACUAGAGGAACAUAUGUAUGCAAAUGAAGAGAAGCAUCAAACCUUAUUGAAAGAAAAGGAAGCUUGUUUGGAGCAAAGUAAUCAGAUGAAAGCAGAACUUGAAACAAAAGCUGAUUUAAUUUUGCAGAAAUCCUUUGAAGUUUUGACCCUUCAGAAGACAUUAGAACAAACAGAGCAGCAGCUCACUGAGGACAACCGAUCUUUGGCUAAGGAGCUUAAACAUCUGCAGGAGCAGUUUACUGAAACACAGAGGAAUAUGGAUUCGCUGAAGCAGGAAAAAGAACAUUUUGUCCAAUUAUUUAAUGAACUGAGGGAUGAGUUGACCUCCCUGAGAAAGCAAUCGAAGGAGUCGGAGAAGGUAAAAGAGCAGCUGCUGAAGAAGCAUGAUGCACCCGUUGAACAAGACAAAGAAGGGGUCUGUUUUUCUUGCAAAUGUGCAGAAAUCUUUGAAGCAAAACUAAAGGAGCGAGAUGAUGCCUUGUUAGUUUCUCAAGCUCAAGUUUCAGAAAAGGAGGAACUAAUUGCUGCCCUUGAAAUUCAGCUACAACAGCAAAGCAAAAUGCUUGAAAACACUACUGAAAAGAUGAGAAGAGAGGGAGGUGAGCUUCAGAAAUCUCCUGAUGAGGGUGCCAGGAUGAAUGAUCCAGAUAACCAAAACAAAGUUACCCUUCUAACAAGGAAACUUCAAGCAGCUUUGGUUUCUAGGAAAGAACUCAUGAAGGAAAAUGCAGCGCUCAAGGAAGAAGUAGAAAAUCUGUCAGCCAAACACGAAGCAAAAGAAACCGAGUACUUUGCUCUGCAAUCAUCUCUUUUAAAGUUGAAACAAGAAAAUACGGACCUGGAAAGUUCUGUGUCACGUUUCUCCGAAGAGAAGGACAAAAAGAGCACUGAAGUCGACCGCAUCCUCAACGAGAAUCGCAACCUAUCUGCAGCCUGCGAAAGUUUGAAACUAACUAUAGAAAGCAUCACUCAGCAGAAACAAGCCUUCUCGUGCCAGCUCGAAUCGCUCAAAGAUUCUCAAACAGAGGAGCUGACCAAGUGGAAGUCGAAACACGCAGAGCUCAAGCAAGAGUACGAGUCUCUUUUGCAAGCGUAUGAAAAUGUCAGCAGUGAAAUGGACAAGAUGAGGCAGCUUUUGGAGGGAGCUAAAAGAGACAGGCAGGAAGCCCUCCGAAAAGUACACAAGCACGAAAGUGAGAUGGAGAUCCUGGGGAAGCAAGUCCGAGAGAUGGAGGAAGAAAAUAAAAGAAUGAAAGAAAAAGUGGAGGAAGUUUCCAAAGAGAAAAGGCAGAGAAUCGAGGAGCUGGAGGAGCAGAAUGAGAAAAUCAAGAAACAGGCGAUGGAGAUGAUGAGUGAGCUAAAUGAUAAAAACCAACAACUGGAGGCAGAGACGGCCCCAUUUCAGGACUCAUUCGAGGCUCUGAGAGGGAAACUUGCUGAGAUGGAAGCUGAAAAUAUCCAGCUAGCAGAAAGGCUGGAAGAAGCUACCUGUUUGCUGGAAAAGAAGAACCUGGAAACCAAUACAUACACAAGCAACAUGCAGAACAAACUUGACGAAGCACUCAGUUUGAAUAGUUCACUGACUGCUCAGAUUGAAGCUCAGAAAACUGAACUUGCUGCUCAAAUGGAAAUCAACAACUUGGUGCAGAGGGAGAAGCAGACUCUUUCAGAGAAAAUUGAGAACAUACAGAAUGACUAUGAGUCGCAGUUGGGAAUAAAAGAUGACGCAGUUAAGGACCUCAAAGACAUUAUCAACAGGCACCGCCAAGAGACUAUUAACCUGAAUGAGAAGGUGAGAAUUUUGGAGGAUGACAAGUCACUUCUGCAAGAGGAACUUGAGAACGCUCAAGAGGUCUCAGACAAGGUGAAGAGUGAAAACGAAUAUUUGGAGACUGUAAUCCUCAAGAACUCAGAAAGGAUUGACGAACUGACCGAGUCCGUCGGUGCCCUGCAGUCCCAAACUGCGCAGCUUUCCGCUCAACUUGCAGCUAGCAAGGAGAUGAACGAUCAGAUUCGUCACGAAAAAGAACAGGAGCAGCUCAAGUUGGUCAAAGAGUUCGAGGAGAAACUCAAGACGGUUCAGAGAGGCAACGAGGGUUCGAAGAACGUGAAGAAAGAGCUGCAAGAGCUGCUCAAAGAAAAGCAUCAGGAGAUAAAUCAGCUGCAGCAAAACUGCAUCAAAUACCAGGAACUGAUUUUAGAUUUGGAGAGCUCUUUGAAGAGCUCGCAAUCAACGUGUGAGCACUUGGAGAAAGAACUGAAGAAAAACUCAGAGAAGAUUGCAGAUUUAGAGGAGAGAGGUAAACAAGCUGAAGCUGAGCUAAUCAUGCACAAGAGUCAUCUCCGGGAAGCCAAAGAAAAGAUUGAGAGUGCCGAGUCUGAAAGAGACCAGCUGGCUCUUCAAGUGUCACAGCAAAAUAAACAGUCUGAAAAUCAGAAAUCACAUCUGACACCUCAAAAUGUAGAAGAAGCAAAAAUAAACUCUUACAUAGAGAAUCAGUUUUUGUUACAGCGGCAGAUAGAUGAUCUCAAGGAUUUAAAAGAGAAAGAAAGUCAAACUGUUGAUGAGCUGAGGCAGCAGCUAGACUCCCGAGAUCUGCAGAUAAAUACUCUAAAGAGAGCGGCUGAGACUCAAGAAGCAAAGCUGUCCGCGUUAGCUUCCACACCACACGGGGCUAACGCUACCAAACUUUGGAAUGAUUUGUACCAAAAAACCUUACACGAGAAGGACAAUCAGCUCCUUGAGCAAGGUUUCAUCAUUAAAAGAUUCCUGGAAGAUAUGAGAAUGAAAGACAAAGAGGUGAAUGAGUUACGGGUGACCAAGUCGAGACUGGAGAGGACGCUGAACGAAUACUCUGUAGCUGCUGCUGCGCAUCAGAGGCAGCUGUUUGUUAUGAGCGCAAGCAAUGCUGAACUCGGCGAGAGCGCAGAGCUCAUGACUGUGCAGGUGAAGGAGCUCAGCGCUCAGGUGGAAAGAACAGAGCAAGAGAAAAACGCAGUGAAACGACAGCUGGCUGACAAAGAAGACGUGAUCUCCCAAAUGCAGCUCAGUCUACAGCAAGUGGAGAAGAUAAACGCAGACAUGGAAGCUCAGAUAUUCCUUUUGCAGUCUCAAAAUGACAAAACUCAAGCUGACUUUGAGAAGCAGGAGGGGAUUUGUCUGCAGCUCAAAACGCUCCUUCAGAGCAAAGAUGCUGAGAUCUCCUCUCUACUGUCCUGCAAAGAUGGACAGAUGUCAGGCUAUCUGGAGCAACUGCAGGCUAACUAUCGUAACCAGGUGUCAGUUUACGAGGACAGGCUGACGUCUUCACGAUACCAAAAGGAAAAGACGGACAAAGAGUUGAGAGCGCUUGAGGCCAAGGUCCGAAGUCUGCAAAUUAAAGCAAACAGAUCUAUCCAGGAAAAGGAGCAGAUGGAAGCAAAGAUGGAGUCGUUCAAGAACUCAAUGGUGUCUUUGCAGAGCGAACGGGAACGGCUGAUGUCGGAAUACAGAAUACUGGAAGCAAAGAGUCAGUUAGGGUUAAAGGGCAAAGAGGGCUCUCCCGAUGGGGAAGGCGGGGCAGCCAAAGGCCUCAAACACGAAAUUAGAAAACUGUUACAUCAGAUGGAUGAUCUCAAUUCUGAGAACGCGAUGCUCAGGGCUCAACUGGUCCGAUACAGGGAGGAUUUAAAUCAGGUUUUGUCCCUCAAGGACAACCAGUUGAAAGUAUUGCUAAAGAAGCAACAGGAGGUGAUCAAAAACCUCGAAACCCAAAAAGCUGCGGCUGAAAAGCAACACAGAGAGGCACAGCUGGACGUCCAGAAGGAAGAAGAAGCAAGUAAUGCGUUAAAGGAAGAGAAUUCUAAACUUAAAGCUCGUGCGUCCAAGCUGGAGGAGGAGCUGUUAACUCUGCGAAAAGACAGCGAGUCAACAAACUGGGGCAAGGUGAUUGCUGACUUGCAGGAAGCUGUUACAGCCAAAGCAUCUGAAUGUAACGACCUUCAACAAAAACUUCUUUCUCAGAAGCUCUCAACUGAUGAGCUCAAGGGGAAAAUGCAGCAGCUGGAAGAUGAAACGGACAAAAAAUUAUCAGAAGCUGAGGAAAAGUACAACAGCGAGCUGGAUGGCUUUGAGCGCGAGGUGGAGCUGAUGAGGAAUGAGCGAGAAACUGCCGAUCAGAGGGUGGCAGAGCUCGCAAAAGACCUACUAGAAAUAGAGCAGCAGUUAUCAGAGGCUAAAUCGCAAAGCAAAGAUACCAAGGCUCAGAAUGAAUCCCUGUGCAAGGCAAUGGCUGCUUUGCAGAAUGACCGAGACCAGCUCAUCGAGGACUUCAAGGUCCUCAGGCAGAGAUACGAUGAAGAACUCCGAGAGACUCGGGCAGCCUUAAACAAGGUGGAGCGCAGUUUGCGGGACACCACUUCAGAUUUGGCCAUGUUUGCCAAAGAGAGGGACAUCCUUACUCGCAAAUUAAAAGCCUUUGAGAGUAAAGACGCACACGCAGAGCUGAACAAGCUGCUGGACGAGCUGACGGAGGUCUUGCCAGAAAAGGAAAGAGAACUAAAAAAAGUCAUUUUGGAAAACAACACUUACAGCAGGCAACUGUCAGCAUUCUCCAGAUCCAUGGCCAGUCUCCAAAACGAUCGCGAACGGCUGAUGGACGAAUUGGCCGGGGCUAAAAGAGUGGUUGAGUCCAGGCAAGGGUCGAGCCCAGAGACUGUCGGUACGGCGAGCGCGGAAAAGUCAAAGGGAAGUGGCGUCAGUGCCUUGGAGACUGAGUCAGAUGGGCUGGAGAUGCAUCGGAAGAUGGACGAACUGCAACAAAUGGCACACAAAGAAGUGAGAAGCCAGCAGGAAGCAACAGCAGAUCAGAGGUGAAGGAAGGAAACGAUUUCCUAUUCACGUUUUAAAAGUAUUCCCAAAGCUGCCUGGCUCAAAGGUUUUUCCAUACAGGAAACAGGAAAUGUGUGUUACUGUAUUUGCUAGUAAGCAAAGUAAGUUCCUCCGUCUAUGUGAAGGCUUGAAAGGUUGACUGCAGCACUGUU